ACUGAGGACUCAUCCAUCCGCACAGCUAGGGCCCCUGGGAGGAGACGCCAUGAUCCCCACCCUCACGGCCCUGCUCUGCCUCGGGCUGAGUCUGGGCCCCAGGACCCACGUGCAGGCAGGGCCCCUCCCCAAACCCACCCUCUGGGCUGAGCCAGGCUCUGUGAUCAUCUGGAGAAGCCCUGUGAUCAUCUGGUGUCAGGGGACCCUGGAGGCCCAGGAGUACCGUCUGGAUAAAGAGGGAAGCUCAGCACCCUGGGACAGACAGAACCCACUGGAGCCCAAAAACAAGGCCAGAUUUUCCAUCCCAUCCAUGACAGUGCACUAUGCAGGGAGAUACCGCUGUUACUAUCGCAGCCCUGCAGGCUGGUCACAGCCCAGCGACCCCCUGGAGCUGGUGAUGACAGGAGCCUACAGCAAACCCACCCUCUCAGCCCUGCCGAGUCCUCUUGUGACCUCAGGAAAGAGUGUGACCUUGCUGUGUCAGUCACAGAGCCCGAUGGACACUUUUCUUCUGAUCAAGGAGGGGGCAGCCCAUCCCCUACUGCAUCUGAGAUCAGAGCACGUAGCUCAGCAGCACCAGGCUGAAUUCCCCAUGAGUCCUGUGACCUCAGUGCAUGGGGGGACCUACAGGUGCUUCAGCUCACACAGCUUCUCCCACUACCUGCUGUCACACCCCAGUGACCCCCUGGAGCUCAUAGUCUCAGGAUCCUUGGAGGGUCCCAGCCCCUCACCCGCAAGGUCCAUCUCAACAGCUGCAGGCCCUGAGGACCAGCCCCUCAUGCCUACAGGGUCAGGCCCCCACAGUGGUCUGAGAAGGCACUGGGAGGUACUGAUCGGGGUCUUGGUGGUCUCCAUCCUGCUUCUCUCCCUCCUCCUCUUCCUCCUUCUCCAACACUGGCAUCAGGGCAAACACAGGACAUCGGCCCAGAGACAGGCUGAUUUCCAACGUCCUCCAGGGGCUGCAGAGCCAGAGCCCAAGGACGGGGGCCUACAGAGGAGGUCCAGCCCAGCUGCUGAUGUCCAGGGAGAAAACCUCUAUGCUGCCAUGAAGGACACACAGCCUGAGGAUGGGGUGGAGCUGUACAGUCGGGCUGCUGCAUCUGAAGCCCCCCAGGAUGUGACCUACGCCCAGCUGCACAGCUUGACCCUCAGACGGGAGGCAACUGAGCCUCCUCCAUCCCAGGAACGGGAACCUCCUGCUGAGCCCAGUGUCUAUGCCACUCUGACCAUCCACUAAUCCAGGGGGGACCCAGACCCCACAAACCAUGGAGACUCAGGACCCCAGAAGGCAUGGAAGCUGCCUCCAGCAGACAUCAUUGAAUCCCAGCCAGCUUAGACCCCUGACCAGACCACUAGAAGAUUCUGGGAACUUUGGGAGUCACCUGAUUCUGCAAAGAUAAAUAAUAUCCCUGCAUUAUCAAAAUAAAGUGGCAGACUUCUCAAUUCACAAUGAGUUAACUGAUAAAACAAAACAGAAGUCUGACAAUGUUUUAAAUUGAAUGAUCAUGUAAAUAUUACACAUCAAACAAAUGACAUGGGAAAAUGGGAGCUUCUAAUGAGGACAAACAAAAAAUAGAGAAAAAUUAAUAAGGCAAAAAAGUUUAUUCUUGAAAACAUUAAUGAUACGUGAAUCUUGGCCACAAUGAGAAAAAUAAAAAUAAACAAAGAGCAGGCAUCCAUUUCCGUACAGGAACAAAAUAAGAGGCAGCACUACAGACCCUACACACAGCUUUACAGAGGUGAAAGAAAACUGUCAGCAAUUCUAUGCCGACAUAACAGAAAACGCAGAUGAGAUAGAUGAAAUAUGAAAAAUUACAGUUUACUUAAUGAACAUAAGGAUAAAUAGAAAAACUGAAUCAUCAUACAUAAACAUAUAUAAAAUGCAUUGAUCCUGUAAUCAAAAAUGUUCCCACAAAGUAAAUGCCACUUCAGGAA